CGUAAGCGGCGCGCAUGGCGUGCUCUUCGUGGAGUGAGGGUGUAUCAGAGGAGCUGUCCGUUUCAGAACGAUUUAGCUAUGAAUGGAAAUCUGCUUUUCAACCAAGGUUACUACGUCAACCUACUCAUUGCAGAAAAAAAGGGGUUAACCAGCAGAGAAUGUAAACACGGCUACUCGGCGGCUCUAUCAGGAUUCUGCUGCAUCUUAUAUAAUUAGCAUUCAUGUAAUGGCAGGGACUGAAAAGAAGCUGAGCAUUGCAGCAUGGCGAAGAGGCCUGCCAAUCAUCCUCCAGCUUACUAACCCUCACCAAAUGGAUCCAUUUUGUUUCAUUUGGGGUUAGGAGGUUUAUGUUAAUAGCACUAGUACUAUCAAAGACCAAAAAAAGACAAAAAAUAGACCGAAGGCUCCACUGAGGCCAGUGUGGGGACCAUGUCUAAGUCAGGCAAGAUCCUGCACCUGUAUGUGGAGGUGAGUUCUGUCCCGGGGGAGGAAGGGAAGGAGCUGGGAGCUGGUGUCGAGGGGAUGCACCCACUAGUGCUCCAAGGGCCUGACAUCCUACCUCAGUCCCAGCGCACCCCCAGCCACUCUACCUCCACCUCUACCUGUACCUGCACUUGCCCCUCCACCUCCACCCCCAGCCCAGCCUCCAUGUCCCCAGGGGUGUUGCAUAAAGAUGGGGGCAGCAGUCCUAGCCUCACCUCCAAGUCCUCCUCCAGACAAUCUGUCAGUUUCCAGCCGGACCUACCGGACAACUCCGGACCGCCCACACACCACGGGCAGAGUCUGCCUUACGAGGGGAUUGGUCAGCUGCUCUCCACUCUCCAGUCUACACCCAAUGGGCCGCAGCAUGGCAGUCUGGUGCUCACCCGCUCCUCAGACAUUGAGCACUACCACAGGAGGGUGCCCCUAUCCCCUGCCUCCUCUGGGAGAAUAACGUCCCCCUCGACUCCAACCAGUGGGCGCAGGUCCUACGAUGGCUCUGGUGUGGGGGACGAGGGCAAGUGCUCUGUGGUCAGCUUUAGCUACAUAGAGAAAGCCCGCAUUAAGUCUGUGGAUAGCCCCCGCAGUGCUGUGUGCCAAAGUGUACUUGAGAACCCUUUCAGUAGAGGCGUGGAGGAAGGGUAUAUGCCUGCCCACCUUAGGAAGAGGCUCAGUGACCCUGUGUGGUCAGACAGCUCCGGUAGCUCCAGCCCCAAACUGUCCUGUCCCACUUCGGGCAGGUCCCCCAGGAGCUCCCCCUGCCUCCGCAGGGCCACUCUGGACACUGUAGCCAGAGAGGCCACCUACAGGGCCAUGGAGGAAUUUGGCUCCCCGGAACUGAGGCGCAGACUGGCGGCCUACAGCCCAGACAGAAGCCCCAGCCUGCCUCGGCACUACCAGCAGCAGCCCCGCUGCCAGUCCUGGGGUGGGUCCCCGGUUCUGCCUAGGGGUGCCAAAACGCUGCCAGUCAAUGCACACCUCAUAGACUCUGACAGGAACCGUGGUUUGAAUGGCCUCCCCAGAAGCCCAGCUUCUCACCAGCUCUCUGUUCAAGCCAGGCAGUCCUACUACAACUACACCAUGUCCCCUUCCAGUGUUAGCUGCCACCAUGGUGUCCAGAACCACAGGCUGUGGCAAGGGGACGAGAGUCCCAGGCUGUCCUCAAAAUGUGGGGACCACAGCCCUAGGUUGUCCUGCAAGUUUGGGGACGAGAGUCCCAGGUUGUCCUGCAAGUUUGGGGACGAGAGUCCCAGGUUGUCCUGCAAGUUUGGGGACGAGAGUCCCAGGUUGUCCUGCAAGUUUGGGGACGAGAGUCCCAAGUUGUCCUGCAAGUUUGGGGACGAGAGUCCCAGGUUGUCCUGCAAGUUUGGGGACGAGAGUCCCAGGUUGUCCUGCAAGUUUGGGGACGAGAGUCCCAGGUUGUCUUCCAAGUUUCGCCCACCGUUACCUGCAGGCAGGCCCACUGCAAUUCAGCAUGAAAUACCAGCAAGCAUGAUUACCAGCACCCCAACCUCUUGCGACCAGAGGGCUAGCAGCCACACCAGCAGCCGCACUCCUAGCGAUAGCCCCUGCUUACCAAACAAGGUUAACUCCAAACAGUCAGGUCAGUCAAAUGACAGCAAGCUGGGAGAGGGAAUGAACCAGACGAGUGACAGAAGAAGUAUCUCCCUGGCCACUAGCACUCACAUGGCCCAUAAGCUGGCAGAGGAUGCUACAAAGCUCUCCACUAUCUUCAUGGACAGGAGGACUCCCUCCCCCACUCCGUCCCAGGCUAACUCCACCAGGUCAGAGAGCCCCAAGUCUGGCUACAUCUCCAGGGAGUCUCAACCCUACGUCACCCUCCAUGGCCAGGGUUCUCCAGCACAGCCCCACCCUGAAGCUAACACCCACACACACUUACAGGACCAUAGGUGGACAGACAAGGAGUCUCUUAGAGCUGGACUCCACUCCAGAGAGUCUAGACCAGGUCAAAGACAAGGGCAAGCCUCCCCCCUCCUACUGCAGAAGGGAAUCUCCUCCCCUGCUAUGCCAGCUACGCUGCACCUGGUGGUAGCGUCCCACACCCCUAUCAUAGACCCUCGGCUGCAGAGAGCUGAGCUGCUGACGAAAGACAGCCCCACCUUGCACCGCCACCAGCCACCGCAGUACAUGGGAGACCGGGGCUCCCCCAGCCUGGAGAGGAGGCCAUAUGACACCCGCUUCAACAGAGGGGGUCCGAGGGACAACCCGGAGAACAGCAGGCGGCUGAUUAUAGGACUUGACAUGGAGCCGCCAGAGAGCUGGAGUUCCAGGAUGCAGCAGUGGAGGGAGAAUGGGUCCGUUGCGGACAGGGAGGAGUCCAAUAGUGAGAGUCCUACUGCUGAUGGUGAUGAAGUGUAUCUGGUGACCAAGGAGGAGCUGCAGCAGAGGAGGGAUGGAGCAACUGUGUUGGGGUAUCACGGGUAUAAACAUGGGGUAAACAGGGAGCAGAGGGGGGAGACCCAGGACCAUAGUGGGGCACUGGUGUCUUCCCAAAGCUCCAGUGGAGUGACAGGCAGUCUGGGGGAGAGCACUCAGCCAGAGAGGGACUGUCUCUCUCCAGAGACAUCCAGCCAGUCCAGCCAGAAGAGCAAUGACACUGAAGAGACAGCUUCUGGGAUGCAGUCGGAAAGCGGUUCCUCUGUGCUGGGCCCAUCCUUGCACUCCCAGAAGAUUGCCCGUGCCAAAUGGGAGUUCCUGUUUGGACAGCCCAUGGAGGACAGCCAUGAUUCUAAAGACUCCUCUCAAGCCCCCCCGAGUGGGACCUCCAGUGAGUCUCCCUUGCCCACCUCCUCCCUGCUCCUGAAGCCCACAGGUCACUGGAGGGGAUGGGACGAUGAGAGUCAGAGUUUAUCCUAUCACGAUGUCCAGCAGGUUGUGGAUUUGGGGACUCCGCCCCCGGUCACUGUGGUUGGCUUCUCUCCCAAGACGGGCAUCAUCCGCAGAGCCAUCAACUAUGCUGAGACGGACCUAGAUGCAGUGCCCCUGAAAUGCUAUAGGGAAACAGACCUAGAUGAGGUGAUAUUGGCUGAGGCCGAGAGAGAGCAGGAGGAGGUGGACUCAGCCUUUGGGAGUAACCGCAGUGUGCUCGGCACCUCUGCCUCCAGCGCCAGUACCAUAGUGCGCACUGACGGAGAGGAGGACGAACUGGAGGAGGAAGAGGAGGAGGUGGUGAGCUGGGCCAGUGUGAGGAUGCAGGGGGAUAAGAAGAGACAGCAUGCCACCCAGGAGGACAAUCAAGUGUACAGUCUGCUGCUGAAGGGUUGUCCCCUGGACCACAUAUCGGAUGCCCAAUCAGCCCUGAUGUCCCCCAUCUCAGUGACCAGCCCUCGCAGGACCUCAGUGGACAGCCUGGACUCCUUCAGCCGCCACUUCGAAAGGAUCAUGGAGUCUCACCGAGUCAAGGGCACCUCCUACAGCAGCCUGGACAGCGUUGACCUCUUGACCUCCAGCGGACCGCCCAUAUUCACCUUUGACAUGCCCACCCUCACCCCUAAGAUCCAGAGCCAAAUUUGUGAGAGUGCGCGUCAUAUCAUUGAGCUGAGUUUUGCCCCCCUGGCUCAUCCAGAGCUCCCCAGUGUGUCUGACCCCACAUGCUCUGAGAACACCCUGGCCCCUACAGGAGAGAGGCUCAGCAGCACCUCUGAGCAGAAUUAUACUUCAGGAGGGAAGUCCCGGUUGGAGAAAGACUGCUUGCGAACUAACUUAGACUUGACUCUCAUCAGGGAGAAGCCAGGCCACUGGGCUCCAGACCCGUUCCCACAGCAGGAUGUGGGCGAGCGCUUAGCCCUGGGCAGCACCGAGGCCCUGGCCAACGGCAACAAGGCUGACCUGCAGGCUGCUAAGCGCCUAGCCAAACGCCUCUUCAACCUGGACGGCUUCAGGAAGUCUGACGUGGCCAGGCACCUGAGCAAGAAUAAUGAAUUCAGUCGGAUGGUGGCAGAAGAAUACCUCAGUUACUUCAACUUUUCAGACCUUACUAUUGACCAAGCGCUAAGAGCCUUCCUGAGGGAGUUUGCCCUCAUGGGAGAGACACAGGAGAGAGAGCGAGUGCUGGCCCACUUCUCUAGGAGAUAUCUACAAUGCAACCCCAAUGCAACACCUUCUGAAGACAGUGUCCACACACUGACCUGUGCCCUGAUGCUGCUCAACACAGACCUGCAUGGCCACAAUAUCGGCAAGAAAAUGUCCGUCCUGCAGUUCAUCGGCAACCUGGAAGGGCUAAACGACGGGAAGGAUUUUCCCAAGGAACUGCUCAAGGCCUUGUACAACUCUAUCAGAAACGAGAAGCUCCAGUGGACCAUCGAUGAGGAGGAGUUGCGCAAGUCCUUCUCCGAGUUGGCCGAUUUGCGCACUGACUCCGCCUCCCACACCAUGAAGCGAAUCGGCAGUGGUCUAGGCGUGGCCCAGAAUCCUGACGCCCUGAUCUAUAAGAACGGCUUCCUGGUACGGAAGGUCCACGCAGACUCUGACGGCAAGAAAACGCCCAGAGGUAAGAGAGGAUGGAAGACGUUUUAUGUCAUGCUGAAGGGACUGGUCCUCUACCUGCAGAAGGGAGAGUACCGUCCAGAAAAGCAGCUGUCUGAAGAGGAUCUGAAGAACGCUGUGUCCAUCCACCACUCUCUGGCCAUGAGGGCAGCGGACUACAGCAAGAGGCCCAACGUCUUCUACCUGCGCACUGCAGACUGGAGAGUGUUCCUCUUCCAAGCACCUAAUGCAGAGCAGAUGCAGUCGUGGAUCACGCGUAUCAACGCGGUGUCAGCCAUGUUCUCAGCGCCACCCUUCCCUGCAGCCAUCGGCUCUCAGAAGAAAUUCAGCCGUCCGCUGCUGCCAGGCUCCAACACCAAGCUGUCUCAGGAAGAGCAGGUGAAAUCCCAUGAGACACGUUUCCGGGCCAUCUCCUCUGAGCUGAAUGAGUUAACCGCUGUAAUUCCAGACAAAAAGGCCAAAGUUCGUGAUCUGGAGGAGCACAAGCAACGUGAGGAGUACCUGGAGUUUGAGAAAACUCGCUACGGUACGUACGCCAUGCUACUGAGGGCUAAGAUCCGGAGUGGGGAAGAGGACCUGUCUCUGUUCGAGUCGCGUCUCUUUGACGACGGGGGUCUCCAGAGGGCCCACUCCAGCCCCACUCUGCGGGAGGAACACAGCAGCAGCAGCCAGGCCAGCAGUGCCAAGAGGGGGGGGCAGCAGCAGUAGUUCCAGCACCAGGGGGAGCAGCAAGACGAAGCGCUCUGAGCCCCAGAGAAACAGCUACAGGAAAGGCUGUCAAACAGUGAGAGGGACCCUGGAGGGUGUUGCGGUGGACACGAUGGUUUAAACAAUUGGAUUAUCUGUGUUGGAUCGAUAGACAGGGACCACUGGUGUGACUGGAAAAUGAGAUGGAGGAGGAAGAUGAUGGGGGAUAGACCUGUUGCAUGCUUCUAUCCAGAGAAACCACAGGCACUGGAUGCUCCAGGGCACGCAGUCCUUCAUUUUACUAUACACAUGACUAACUUCUGUGUGGUCCUAAAUUCUGGGUCAUAUCCAUAUUUAUUUUAUUUGAACGUGCUUUUUGAACCAAUUGUUGUUGACAGAGAUCUAUAGAUGACAUGGACUUAUGCCAUUAGAUCUGAUUUAUGUUGAGAGUCGUAGGUUAUUUUCCUCCCACGAGAGUUCACUAUCUCCAUAAAUUACAUCUAUGUGAUUACUGCACACAGCCCACCUCUUCCACGUGUAAAGUGAGUUGCCGUGCCGACCAGCUAGAAUGGACAGAGACGGGGCUGCAUCGGCUCAUCUGACUGUUACCAUGGAGACGAAACGGAGCCCGGGAUCAUUCCGUCCGACCAGAGUGCCAGAACCUCAACCCAACCACAAUGCAUUUGGACGAACGCUGGGCUCUUCAUGAGAGACAUGAUCAAUUGGAAAGAAUACAGCAGGUUACUGGACAUAAUUUAUGAUGCUGCAUGCACAUACAACAAAAAAAUCUAAAGUCUUUGCUAUGAUUUUGUUACUCUAAGGACUUUUAUUGUGGCAAACUGAACUGGCCCAGAGCCAGGCCCUUCUACUGUGAAGAUCUGCUGGAUCUCAUUAUUAUUAUUUCUAAGGACAUUUACACACAUCAGCUAUGGCACCGCCACUAAUCCUUGAGUGUUUUGUCAUACUAAUGGGUUGAUGAGGUUGUAGGUUGAUCACACAAGGCUGGCUGUCUAUCGGUUUCAUGAACUUAAAGAGUAGGAGGACUGCAUGCAUACGAGGAGAUGGAAGACUCACUCAAGAGGACAUGCUUCGCUAUGGUAUCAAAAGACGAUCCUUUUUUUUCUUACGUGAUUCACAUGAUGUUUUUCAUUUGUAUAACUGCAAAAAAAAGGAAAUGUGACAGAAGGCUUAGUUUACAGUACGUCUCAGCUGUAGGUCAAAUGUCUCCACAGGAACAACUCAUCAGAUAAUUGAUGACGAAUUGAUUUAAAUGUUGGUUGAAUGUUGAUUUAAAUUCAGUAUCGUGAAUUGUAAUGGGGAAAGAAAAUAAGGCACUGCCUGCCUACCACACCCAAUCUAGUAUACACUGAGUGGACAAAACAUUAGGAACACCUUCCUAAUAUUGAGUUGCACCGGCUUUUGCCCUCAGAACAGCCUCAAUUCGUCGGAACAUGGACUCUGCAAGCAAGGUGUCGAAAGCAUUCCACAGGGAUGCUGGCCCAUGAUGACCCCAAUGCUUCCCACAGUUGUCAAGUUGGCUUGAUGUUCACGGUUGAGUGUUAAAAACCCAGCAGCUUUGCAGUUCUUGACACAAACCGGUGCACCUGGCACACACUACCAUACCCCGUUCAAAGGAAUUUCAAUAUUUUGUCUUGCCCAUUCACCCUCUGAAUUGUCCCCAGGCUUAAAAAUCUUUUAACCUGUCUCCACCCCUUCAUCUACACUGAUUGAAGUGUAUUUAACAAGUGACAUCAAUAAGGGAUGAUAGCUUUCACCUGGUCAGUCUGUCAUGGAAACAGGUGUUCCUAAUGUUUUGUACACUCGGGUAUUUUCAACCAUUUCGGGUGAACCGUUUAGAAAUUACAGCACUUUAAAAAAAUGUUUUUUUUUUUACAUAUUCCUAGGGACGUUCUAGUCUUUUAAAGUACCGUAGUAGUUAUCUGGGUGUCAAAGUUAAGUAUUUGGUCCCAUAUUCAUAGCACACACUGACUGCAUCAAACACAAAUACAGUAUCAUACCCCCAAGACAUGCUAACUUCAAACCAUUAACAAUAACAGGGGAGGUUAGCAUGUUUUGGUGAUAUGUGUGUCAAACGUUCUCACUCAUCAUUAUUCAGGACUUUCCGUAAUUAUGGUAGCAUCCGCGUAAGUGUUUAGAAAGAUUAUAUUCUUAUUUACAAUAAGUGACUCAAAUUACACCUCAUUUACCAUUCAUUUCUUUUGGGCACAAUCUUUAAUACACACGUGAAUUUGUCCCAAUACUUUUGGACUAUGUACAAAAAGUGCUGUAAUUUCUAAAUGGUUCACCCGAUGUGGAUGGAAAUACCCUCAAAUUAAAGCGGACUGACUGCACUUUAACCUCAGUCAUCGUAUCAUUUCAAAUCCAAAGUGCUUGAGUCGAGAACCGAAACAAUUUCUCACUGUCCCGAUACUUUGAGCUCACUGUGUAUAUAGAAUGUCACGCCGAGGCAUAGCCAUUUUCUUCUCAGGCUGGCAGUGUGGUCUGUGAACCAGUGCAGUAAUGUCACCAGAGCUUUCUGUUCCAACGGGAAACAAUGGCCGCAGGUUGUACUGUAUGAGUAACAGGAGUGCGUGAUAGUUAUCUGGGUGUCAUCAUAGACCCACAGUGAUCACCGCUUCCCCCCCAAUGUUAAAAUUUGACCACGGUGAUGUGAAACAUGAUUCCGUGCGUGAGGACCCCCACUGCAAUCAGAAUGAGAUGAUUAUGUUGAGUUAGGCAUCCGCACAUAUGGCUGUUUGAAUAAAACCACAAAAUGGCAGAAAUGUGUUAGUGUAACUGAUGAGUGCCCUUGCCUCAAACUAUUAUCUAGGCUUUAGCUCAGCGGGCUAACAGUCUUGUUGCUCAGAGGACACGGUUCAAACUCAGUUGGUCACAUUUAGCAAUGUUGGCUGUCUGUGUAAUUCUACAGGGACCAUGACAGGGUAAGGCAUGACAUGUGCAGUCAUGCAGAAUGUUAAUCACUUUUGGGUGUGUCUCUUUCCCCCAGUGUAAAUAUGUGAGGUGGUAUGGUGAGAGACCAUGGAUAGACACAAUUACAAGCCAGAGUAGGGCUUCUGUGAUAUAAAAACAGGGGUUGUGUGUCACACCUUGGCUUAGAUAUUCUACUUCAACAGUAGGCCCUAUUUCUGCUUAUCAGUCAACUUGGUCUUGAGUACUUGUCAUUGUCAACAAAAAAAUAUAUAGUAUACUGCUUCAUGUAGAGGUUUUUACUGGACCCCAUAGACGCUGCAUCUGAAUGCAACUUAUUUAAUUUCCCAUUAGCUGUACAUAUUGUCAAUAACACAUUAAGAUUUUGCUCUCUGAAAUGUACUAAAUGGUUUGUAUGUUUGGGGCAGAUGACAAAAAUAAACAUUUUGAAAAGA